AUGAAGCACUUUGAAACCCAAAUGCCGUCGUCUGCAGCCGACCCGCUGUCAGGAGCAGAGGCACGCAGUACCUCGGCGUGCUCUCCGGAGGCGACGCCCACGGGUCCAGUGGUCUGCCCCUCAACAGCAUCAGCAGCAGCAACAGCAGCAGGAGGAAAACGCAGCUGCAAAGGCUCAGAAGCCUCAGUUAGGUCUCGCUGCAGCUUCUGCAUCAAUUUCUUUUUUCAUGCCACCCUGGCUCUCGUGGCAGCAGUUGGCGGUGUGCUGUACUGCCUUCCGCCGUCACACUGGCUGCACGUAGAGGUUAGCCGCGCCUUGUCUGCAUUGGCUUCUUCGCCGGACUCUCCAUCGAGGCUUAACCUGGGUGAGUCCCUGCGUGCUGCUGCUGAGCAGUUGGAGGGGACUGAGCUAGCCUUUGUUUCGCCGCACCUGUUGGCUCUUGCUGCUUGGGGGUAUCUCGAUGCUGCUGCUAUUGGGGCUCUCAGCCUGCUGACGCUGCUGCUGGGCAGUGCCCUUGUCCGAGGCAUGCUGACCUACAAAAGAGACAGAGAAAUUGAAGUAAACCCUCCCCCCAUCCGCUACUGCCAAAACCAAAUGACCCUCGAGGAGUACAACAAGAAAGACGCAACUUAUGCUGCUGUGCAGGAGCUCAUGGCCUCACCAGAGUUCCAGGCCCUGAAGGCACAGAGGGCGUCGCAGGGCAGCGAGGCGUGGAACUGGCAGCGCCGGGUGGGAUCGGAAGCAGUGAGCGAUCCCGAGGAGGAGGAAGAGGGGGAUGCGACGGAAACAGAUGGGGACACGGACACAGCCCAGUAG